GAUGACAUUAUUUAUUGGCAGCUUCCUCGUUUUGGCAGUUUCAUUAAGCCCCACACUCUCUCUCUCUCUCUCUCUCUCUCUCUCUCUCUCCUUCCUGCCUUCGCAGGUCCUUCCAGCAAGCUGCAUACGAAUCUUCUUUCAGAGGAAACAUUAAAAAAGUCACUGUUGUUGUCAUUCAAUCACCUUUUCAAAGGGUUUUGGUCCUUUCGGAUUCUAGGGUUCUUGACAUGCUCUGUUUUAAAAUUAUUCUCGAUUCAAGAAAAUCAAGUCCUGUUUUUGUAUUUGAGUUCUUUGAAGCUUCCAAGUCAUUUCCAUAAAGAUUCUUCUGCUCUUCCAACUCGCUUCUCACAUGGCUAAAUUACGUCUGUCGAUUUGGUGAUAAGAUUUUCAAGACUUUUUGUUGACUCCAUGAUUCUUGAUCCAAAAUAUCUGAGAUAUUAGUAUAAAGUAUCACUACCCCAUCAAGAUUCAUCAUCAGUUUCCACUCCCAAAAAGAAAGAAACCCACAAGGAGAAGCGACUAUCUUUUUAGCAAUGGCCUCCAAAAAAGAUGGAAUAUUCAUGUUCUUGAAAUGAGAAUGCAAGUUUUUGUAUCAAGUUUUCUACUAUUGAUGCAAUUACCGAUCAUAUUUACCUCUCAAUUAUCACAUACAAAGCCUUGUGAAACAUAUAAUAUUCUCUAUUCGAGUGAUUUUGGUCUUUACUUAAACGGAGAAUUAGUAAAUAAAGAUUGGUUUUGCAAGUUCAUCAAGUUACACAAUGCAAAUCACUGCUUCAUCGGUAAAAACUUUGUGAAUCACUGCUUUGAGGAGGAUCUUUUUUCAGAUGAUUUGCCUGUGGAGGCUGGGAGGAGAGUCUUGCGUGAUUUAGUUAUAAAAGAAACUAAAAAAUCGGUUUUUAGAACAAAAUAUAUGGCCAUGGGAGGAACAGGAAUGUUGUUUCUUUGUUGCAGUUUUAUUUGCCCUUGUUUUUUUCGAUCUAAAAGAAAAGAUACAGAUGAUGCUGCUCUUGUUAAGGACUCAAAUUCACUGGAGAGUGCUCCAUCUGUAGAAAUGAAUUCGGUAUCCGGAAAGAUUCCCGCAAGUCCAUUGCGGGUCCCACCGAGCCCCGGUAGAUUUUCAAUGUCCCCAAAACUUGAUAGGAUUGGAUCGGUUCAUCUAACAGUGAGUCAAGUUGCAAGAGCUACUCAAAAUUUUUCACCAUCAUUGAAAUUAGGUGAAGGGGGAUUUGGAACUGUUUAUAAAGCUCAACUACAAGAUGGUCAAUUUGUUGCCAUAAAAAGAGCAAGCAAGGAACAUUUUGAUGCUCUAAGAAGUGAAUUUAGAAGUGAGAUUGAGUUACUUGCAAAGAUUGAGCAUCGAAAUCUUGUAAAAUUGCUUGGUUAUGUUGAUAAAGGGAAUGAGCGUCUUAUUAUUACAGAAUACGUGUCUAAUGGGACACUUAGAGAACAUUUAGAUGCGGUUCAUGGAAGUUGCUUGGAUUUCAGUCAACGGCUUGAAAUUUCAAUUGAUAUUGCUCAUGGUUUAACCUACCUUCAUUUAUACGCAGAAAAACAAAUAAUCCACCGAGAUGUGAAAUCAUCGAACAUUCUUCUGAAUGAGAGGAUGCGGGCCAAAGUGGCGGAUUUCGGGUUUGCCCGACUUGGGGCAGCUGAAUCGGGCAAAACACAUGUUAUGACUAAAGUCAAAGGGACAGUCGGGUACCUUGACCCGGAAUAUAUGAGAACUUAUCAACUCACUCCAAAGAGCGAUGUCUACUCUUUCGGUGUUUUGCUCAUAGAAAUUCUUACGGGCCGUCGACCCGUUGAGUCAAAACGGGUACCCGAGGAAAAGGUCACAAUUAGAUGGGCGUUUGGGAAAUACAACAAAGGCGAAGCGAUGGACUUGGUGGACCCGCAAAUGAGGGAAGCCGUGGACGAGGAGAUUUUCGAGAAAAUGUUGAGUUUGGCGUUUCAAUGUGCGGCCCCCACCCGAGCUGAUCGGCCAGACAUGAAGACAGUUGGAGAGCAGUUAUGGGCCAUUCGUAUGGACUAUCUUAGACAAGGAAGAAGAGGGUAAUUCAAAAGCUUUGAAGUUUCUUGUAUUGUAGAUUUCUAGCUUUGUAAAACUUAAAAUUUCUCCUCUUAUUCUAGAUUUGCUUCUUGUAAUGUUUUUUUUUUACCAAGAGUACAAGUAUACAAUGCAUAUUGUUACAUAGUACAAGAAUUUGAUGCAUCAUCUUAUUUUGGUUGUAUCUAUAGAAAUAUUGCAAUGAAUAAUAAUCUUUUUUUCGUCUUUUA